AUGUCUGAGAAUACCGCCGUCGUUGUGCGUGUAGCCAAUGGAAACCAGCCGACUCUAUCGCAGGAGAAUAUUGCGAUUCCUUCCCCGGGCGCAAAUCAGGUGCUUGUUAAAGUAUCUCAUGUGGCGCAGAACCCGACCGAUGUACAAGCCUUUGACAGCAAUGCUUUUGGUGCUGGGGCUGUUCUAGGAUGCGACUUUGUGGGAGAAGUUGUCGAGUUAGGAAGCCAGGUCACACGAUUUGCCAAGGGUGAUAUUGUAGCUGGCUUGAUCUGGGGAGGUGAGUACUCAAAAUCAAGGUUUCCCAGCCUCUUUGAUUUGAAGCUUGAGAUUGGGGUUGAUUUCAUGCUCACGGCUCGGUGGAUCAUAGGCGAAAUCCCCGGUUUGGGCGCAUAUAGUCAUUACUGCGUGGCCGAUGAGAAGAUAUCGUUCAGUCCACCUCGUUCGAUCUUGCGUGAGCAGGCGAGCACUGUUCCAUUAGCCGCCGCCACUGCUUGGCUUGCCCUAUUUUCUAAAACCUGCCUGGGUAUCGAAAGGGUCGGUGCAAAGGGCACCAGUAUUCUUGUGUGGGGCGGUAGCUCGAGCGUGGGCCACUCGAAGCAUUUUGAGUUGGCUCGUUCACUCGGCGCUAAACAUGUUUUUGACUACAAAGAUCAAGAUAUCAUACAAAAGAUCCAGGCAUCUGAGCCAGGAAUUUUACAUGUUUUUGACACCAUCGGGAGCCCAACCUCAUCUACAAUUGCCUCUCGUGUUUUCAAAAACGGGGCCGGGCACCUGUGCACUGUACGCCCUGGCAAGGCCAACACAGAAAAUGUCGCUCCUGGAACAAAUGUUACAGACGUGCUGGUAUGGACUGCCUUCUUAAAAGAUCACAGCUACGGUGAUUUCAAAUGGCCUGCUUCAAAGGAUGAUCAUGAGCUUGCCAGUGAGCUUUUUGAGAAGCUCCCUGUGUGGUUAGAUGAUAAAACCCUCCGACCCAACCAGCCACAGUCUCGAAGGGGGCUGAACAGCGUGCCUGAAGGGUUUCAGGAACACAGAGAUGGGAAGGUCUCAGCAUUUAAGAUUGUCUAUGAAAUCUGA